CAGCAUUAAUUAAACCUCAGGCAGUUAAGAGGGAGGAAAAAGGAAAUAAUCUAAUAAUCUGAUUGGCUGACAUCUAACGGUUGGACAGGUUUUGACGUCACUCUGAUGUUGUGUUAGACGGACACGGGAGAAAAGAGCAGCUUCGUGUUUCCUCGAUGCAUGAAGGUCGAAAGAGUCUGUUCGUCGACCUGAAGUGAGUUCAACAGUAAACUAUGGCUCAGUUUAUUGAAAACUCCAGCCUUGAGGGCUGGAAGGUGAUUGGCUCCGGAGGUUGCGGACAAAUCUACAAAGCCAGGCAUCGUCAGUGGGCCUGUGACGUGGCCAUUAAACUGCUUCGUCAUGAUGACGGGACCAAUGAACCUUUGCUGCGUGAGAUCAAGAUGAUGCAAGAAGCAAGCAGCCCGCAUGUUAUUCGUGUCCGAGGGAUCUUCAAAGGUCAACCGCCCAACUCUGGUUGGGCAACACAGCUUGGUGUGGUCAUGGAGCUCAUGGAGAGAGGAUCGCUGGCCUCCCUACAGGAAGCCUUGGAUGGACCUCCACCCUGGCCGCUGGUCUUCAGACUGGCUCACCAAGUGGCUCUGGGUAUAAACUUCCUCCACAGUCUGACCAGUCCCAUUCUCCACCUGGACCUGAAGCCCCAAAACGUGCUGCUGGAUGACUCUCUCAAUGCCAAGCUUACAGAUUUCGGCCUUUCCCAGAUUUCCUACAGUGUCUCACAGGUUUCCCAGAAGGACGAUAAAGAUGGAGGAGGGACGGUCAACUACAUGCCCCCGGAGGUGUUUGGCUUAACAUACAAACCUAAACGAGCCUCUGAUAUCUACAGUUAUGGGAUACUCCUUUGGUCCAUUGUCACAGGGAAACAACCCUAUGGAAAUAAAAACGCUGACUUAGUGAUGCUUCGCAUCCCGGAAGGAGACCGUCCACUGCUGGAUGAUAUCAAGGGCCAUGCUCUGGGGUUGACAGAGCUGACAAGACUGAUGCAGAGAUGCUGGGACAAUGAACCCGAACGAAGGCCUCAAGCCCUUGAGUGUACAACUGAGACAGAACAACUGUAUAAGAAGCACAAAGAUGCAAUUUUUGACGCUGUCCAUGAAGUGCAGAAGAAACUGGACCAAAAGGCAAAAGAAAAAGUCAUGACAGAGCAGGUUCAGAGGGAUCAAAUCGCUGAGGCUUCAGUGGAGGAGAUCGAAAAGUCUCUGAGUGUAGUGAAGCUGUCUACUGAGCCACCCAAGAGUGAACCGGACACUCUCAGGGUGGACCAGGAUGGAGAGAAAGGGUUAAGACUUUGUCUGAUGAAGUAUUCCUGUGAACUCACAGUGGACACAAACACAGUGAACAGAGAGCUCAAACUAUCUGACAACAGGAAGGUGAGACGUGUAAGAGAGGAGCAGCCACAUCCUGAUCAUCCAGAGAGGUUUGACUCCUCGUGUCAUCAGCUGCUGUGUAGAGAUGGUCUGACUGGUCGCUGUUACUGGGAGGUUAAGUGGAGUGGAUGGGUUUAUAUAGCAAUGAGUUACAGAGGAAUCAGCAGGAGAGAAGACAGUGAUGACUGUGUGUUUGGAUAUAAUGAUCAGUCCUGGAGUCUGAUCUGCUAUGAUGGUCGUUACGCUGUCUGUCACAAUAAGACAGAAACAGUCCUCCCUGUCUCCCUGUCCUCCCUCUCUGGUAGAGUAGCAGUGUAUGUGGACUGUCCUGCUGGCUCUCUGUCCUUCUACAGAGUCUCCUCUGACUCACUGAUCCACCUCUACACCUUCAACACCACAUUCACUCAGCCUCUUUAUCCUGGGUUUUGGUUAGGGUCUUCUUCCUCAGUGUCUCUGUGUUCUGUGAAGGAGGAGACAACUUCCAGUCCUGUGGUUUAAAUGUUGGUGGUGGACGAGGCUUCACUUUGGUUCACAUUUGUCUCACUGAUUGUGUCUUUAAUGACAGAAAUGUGUUUUUUCUUAAAAAAUGCUGAAACGAUCUUCUCGGCUGAACUUGAUAUUUACUUCAAUCACAUUUUCUUGGAGCAGCUUCAAACAGCUGCUAAUUUCUGCAAUGUUUUUUUUCA